ACACCUCACUCGUUAUUAUUACUACUUCCCUUGGCACCGAGACAGAGAUCCAUUCCGUUUCCACCCUCCGCCACCGCCACGACCACCACACAUGGCGACGGCGACGGCGGCGGAGGCAGAAUUGAAAACCUACUGGUGUCACGAGUGUGACAUGAGCGUGUCCCUCACUUUCCCUCCCUCGCCCCUUCUUUGCCCUCAUUGCCACACUCAUUUUCUCGAACUCAUGGACUCUCCCUUCUCCCAAAACGACGCCGAAUCACCCUUCCCCUCUUCGGCUCUAUUCGACGUCGUUUUCCAAGACGCACUCGCCUUACUUUCCCCGCGCCAAACCCUUCCCUCCAAAACCCGCGCACUUCCGUUAAUCUCCGUUACGCCCGCGUUACUCUCCGACCUCGACCCAAACGGCGUCGUUCUCUGCGCCGUGUGUAAGGACCAAAUCGCCCUCCACGCCGAGGCCAAACAGCUCCCUUGCAAACACCUCUACCACGCCGAUUGCAUCACGCCGUGGCUCGACCUUCACGCUUCGUGCCCCCUCUGCAGGUUCCAGAUAGAAGAUGAAGAGGAAGAGGAUGACGCCGUUAUGACGGAGAUGAGGAGGGAACUCAUUGCAAGGCUGACGGAGUUGACGGAGGGCGAUUUCUACGGAUUGAGGACCACGCUCAAUCACAUUGCUUCCCGCCACGCUCUUAUCGAAGAGAACGAGAAUCGUGCUCGAAUGAGUGAGCCUCGCGAAGGCUUUGCUCGUGCUGAUGGAGAAUCAGGUAUAUAGUGUAUUAAAAUGAUAUUGAAGUUGCAUCACCAUAGAUCGUCUUAUCAAGUGUAAAUCUGCACCGACGAUUAUGCUUCUGUUUCUUCCCUCCUUUUUUGGGAAUUCCAACUAAUUAGUUGUAGUGCCAUAGCAAAAACUACAAUAAACUGAUGGAGUGCACGAGUGAUGUGCAUUUCUCUACCCGUCCUCCACUUGGUCCUUUGAACAUCGAUUCUCUUAGCCCAAAUAUCUCUCCAUGUUAGGCAAUAAAAUCUUUUGCAAAAUUCAGCUUUCUUUUGUGUUGUGUCUGAAUUGCCAAAAGUGGAUCUUUUCCACUGAAUAAUUUGUUAUAUUUUUUUUUUGGCUUUACUGUAGAUUAUAUUAUUUCCUGCAAUAUGGC